AGACGGGAAGUCGCCGCUAGGCGCACUUUUACAAUUAAGCUCAUCAUCGCUAAGCAAACCCGUGUGGGAUGCAUGGCUGUUGCACUCCAGCAUCCGCUCCUGAAUCCUUUCCCCCGCCUGGGAAGCAUCUUCCGUCCCUAACUGCCAUAUGGCAUCUCCUGCUGUUCUUCCACCUUUCUUAGGCUCCGAGGUCCUGACCAGCUGGCUAGCUGGCGUGGCUCGCCCGGUCCGGGCGGGGCGUUUUCCCCCCUGCAGGAAAGGGGUCGGUGUUUCCCUGCCGAAAGGGUCGCUACUGCCGGCUGGCGUUGCCGUGCUUUUGUCUAGGCAAUGCGUUUUCUGGUUGCUUUUAGUAGCACGUCUCCCAGAGAGGCUCGGUUUUCGCUUUUACCCAGUGAUUUUCCUAGCAUACUUUGAUUUAUUAUGAAGAAGGCGAGACAAUCAACUUUUGCGCGCUCAGUACCUAGGACACGUUCUCUAAUAUCUCUUGGAGCAUCUGUGGGAUCAGUAACAAAACAGACCCUGCUUGCUCCCCUUCCACCUGUAGCCCGGCCCUUCCGUGUUUGCAACCAUGACAGAAGCAAUCGCAGAGGAGUUGUUGCCGGCAGUCUGCAGGAGCUUAUUAGUAAGACAUUGGAUGCCUUAAUAAUCACUACUGGAAUAAUAACACUGGUUCUGGAGGAAGAUGGCACAGUAGUAGAUACAGAAGACUUCUUCCAGUCCCUGGGAGACAACACACACUUCAUGGUUCUGGUGCAGGGUCAGAAAUGGAAGCCAGGGCCGGACUAUGGGAUCGCAAAAGUAAAGCAGCCAAAGAAAAUGGGGGUAGCAAAUAUCACAUUUGACUUGUACAAAUUGAACCCGAAGGACUUCAUUGGGUGUCUAAACAUCAAAGCUACUUUCUAUGAAAUCUACUCUGUGUCCUAUGACAUCAAGUGUAUGGGAGCAAAGAUUGUGCUACGGAGAAUUCUUCGAUUUCUGUCACAUGUUGCCCAAGCAACAGGACAAUUUCUUCUCUACGCAGGAACAUACGUGCUACAAUUAAUGGGUGACUAUGAAGAAAAUCUGCUUACAGAUGCAAAGCAUUAACUAAAAUAAGCAGAAAAGCCUUUUAAUAUCUGUUAUCCAGCUGGCACUAGAUAUGUUUGCUGGAAAAUAUUUAGCAUAUUGCAUGUUAUCACAAGUUAACCUUAGAAUCCAGCUGAUCAAUAUGUAAGUAAACUAGCCUUCUUCUUGUGUUGAGGCUUUUAUUUAAGCUAAUGAUGUCAUUAGAGUAAAUAUGAUUGAAGUCUUUUUUAAUGCAGUGAAAGGUGUUUAAGGAGAACAGUUCUUGUGCCAUAAACUUCCAAAAUGAAGUCCUGUGCAUGGAAAACAGGUAUUACUAACUUAUAUCAACAAAUGGCUUUUCUUUAUUGAUCACUGAUCACCAUGUGAACAGCCAUGUAGCAAAUUCUGAUUGGAGUCUGUGACUUUUGUAGAAGCUUUUGCAAACCUGUAAUAAAGUAAUCACUUUCUGGAACUAAA